AUGUGGGGCAGUUUUAUCAUAGCUGCUGCUGAGAACAAGCAUAGUAAGAGCAACCAUAUGAUGUGUUAGAUUCAGCUACAGUUCACCACUGUAGGCUGCUCGAACAUGCAUAAUAUGAGCAGUGCAUGUGCAUAUUAGGGUGAGCGGAGCAAUGUCUAUGGCUCUGGGGCAGGUUUUGGGGCAUCAUCAGGGCCCAGAGUUUUUCCUGACCUAGUGACCCCGACAAGGAAACACUUAAGGUCCAUCAUAUUAUGCUGAAUUGUAAAACCAUUGAUGCAACACUGAAAUAGCUUUACUAUGUACCCAUCAUGUCUUCACUUUGUAUCAGCUUUGGGGUCAAUUCCAUUUAAAUUAGUACAUUUAGGAAGUACACUGAAAUCCCCAUUCCAAUUCUCAAUGCUUUUAAAUAAGGAAAAAAUGAAUUUAAAAUUAGAAUUUGGUUUACUUUCUGAACUGACUGGAAUUCAAAUGAAUGGCUCCCAACUCUGCUAUGUACAGUGCCUUCAUAAAGUAUUCACACCCCUCGACUUAUUCCACGGUGUGUUGUUACAGCCCGAAUUCAAAAUGGAUUAAAAAAUUAUCUCACCCAUCUACACACAAUACCCCAUAAUGACAAAGUGAAAACAUGUUUUUAGAAAUGUUUGCAAAUUUAUUGAAAAUGAAAUACAGAAAUAUCUAAUUUACAUCCAAAUUGAGCUCAGGUGCAUCCAAUUUCCAUUCAUCAUCCAUGAAAUGUCGCUAGAACUUGAUUGGAGUCCACCUGGGGCCAAUUCAAUUGUUUGGACAUGAUUUAGAAAGAAACACACCUGUCUAUGUAAGGUCCCACAGUUGACAUUGCAUAUCAGAGCAGAAACUAUGCCUUGAAGUCCAAGGAACUGUCUGUAAAUCUCUGAGAUAGAAUUUUGAUGAGGCAUAUAUCUGGGGAAGGGUAUAAAACAAUUUCUAGAGUGUUGAAAGUUUCCAAGAGCACAGUGGUCUCCAUCAUUGGGGAAUUGAAAAGAACUCUGCCUAGAGCUGGCCGUCCAACCAAACUGAGCAACCGGGCAAGAAGGACCUUGGUCAGGGAGGUGACCAAGAACCCAAUGACCACUCUGACAGAACUACAGAGUUCAUUGGCUGAGAUGGGAGAACCUGCCAGAAGGACAACAGUCUCCAGCACUUCUUCUUUGCGAUUGGGUUGGCGGAUCGCAUCCAACUUUUAAGGUGCAUACACCGCAGCCUACUGUACUGGAGUGUGAGGCCAGUCAUGGCCUACCUACAUUAAAUUAUCUUCAAUAGUCCUGUUCCUCUAAGAAAGUGAAAUAGAGCCCUAGACACAACUUCCCUCCCCCCACUACACCACCCAAACCCCAACCCCGUCCAGCAUCUCUACCCCUUUCACACAGUCUCUCCCCAUCUACGUCAUACAGUUCACAAAAUAUCAACACAUGCUCCACGGUUUCCUCCACUGAACACUCAUCACACAGACCUGUUUCAUGUCUUCUUAUCAUCCACAACGUGGCAUUCAAACCUAUGUGCCCAAGCCGUAGUCUACUCCACACAACUUCCUCUCUCCUACAUCCCAUACUCCCCACCUCUUAUCAGUGCACGUGAUAAAAUUGCCUCCCCUUACUACUAGCAUCCCGAGCCCUUUUGCCCAGAUCAAGGACUUGACUUCCUACCGCCCAACGGGCCCCCUCUCCUCACUGCACUCUUAGCCACAACAUCAGCCUUCACAUUACCCUCCACACCCACACGGGAACCCAACAAAAGCUUAUCACCACUCCCAUCCUCUCCAAUCCCAUUAACAGCACCAUCAUCUCCACAAACAAGUCUCCCCUAUCCGGCCCUAUCUCUCAGUUCAUAUUCUACCACUUUGUGCCCAAUUGUCCACCCGUACGCCCUCUGCUCCCAACAUUCCCCAGUUGCCAUGACGCUAAUGCAAGUUUAUUUUGUUUUAUUUACAGUUGAGUCAUUUAGCAGACACUCAUGUCCAGAGCGAUUUACAGUAGUGAGUGCAUACAUUUUCAUUUACUGGUCCCCCCGUCGGAAUCAAACCCACAACCCUGGCAUUGCAAGUGCCGUGGUCUACCAACUGACACACACGGGACCGCCUUAUCCUCAGUGGCAGCUCCCCAUAUCCACCUGCAAUGCCUCAACAGGUGUGGUCCUGAAGGCACCCACACACAAUCUCAGGGCCCUUGACUGUAUCCUAUCCAGGCGCUGUAGUACCGUUCUGGCUGCCGAUCCAUAUACAAAGCACCCAUAAUCCAAAGAUGACCUGAUCAAUGCCUGACAUUCGCAACAGUGUUUGUCUAUCCGACCCCCAAUCAUAUCCUGCCACUGCCCUCAUGAGGUUCAGCACCUUCUUACACUUAAUUUCAAUAUACUCAACAUGUUUCUCCACAUAAGCCUCUCAUCAAACCACAUACCUAAAUACUUAAACUCAGACACCCUACCUAUAUCAUGACCGUAUAUAUUUGCAGCCUAAAAUCUUUAACAUUCCUCCUAGAAAACACCAUAAAACAGGACUUUGCCACAGACAUCCUAAACCCCCAUGUUAGAGACCAAUCUUCCACAACUCCCACAGCUUCUUGCAUCUUCCUCAUCACAUAUUUCACAUUCCCACCUCUCUUCCAUACAGUCCCAUCAUCAGCAUACAAGGCCACACCCACUCCCUGCCCCACCUUCUUAAAUAUGUAAUCUAUCAUCAGGGUGAACAACACCGGACUAACCACACUUCCCUGAGGAGUACAAUUGUCCACUUCAAACCACAUUGACAAUUCUGACCCCACCCUCAUGAACCGAUCGAGCAGGAAGUCCAUGAUCCAGUUAUACAGACGUCCCCCAAUGCCCAAUGCACUCAACUUGAUCAACAACCCUUCCCUCCACAUGGUAUCGUAAGCUUUCUCAAUGUCAAGAUACACAACACUCAUCACCUCUUUUAUAGUCAGGGCCUUGGCUAUCUCUGUACUAACUGUCACCAGGGCAUCCAUGGCAGACCUCCCUCUCCCGAACCCACUCUGUGCUACGCUCAACAAACCCCUAACUUCCAAGAAAUACAUCAUCCUACUCACUAUCAUCUUUAUUGGAUGUCAACGCGAUAGGCCUAUAACUGCCCGCCCUAGCGGGACUGUUACCUGGUUUUACAAACAGCAACACCACCACACGUUUCCAACCAGCAGGUAUCACCCCAGUCCUCCACACCUUAUUAUACAACCCUAACACUGCUUCCAACAACCUGUUCGGUGCAUGCUUAAACAUCAUAUAACACACCAUCUUCUCCAGGAGCAGUCCGCCAGCAUCCUUCCAACGCCCUUGUCAUCUCAUACAUAGAAAACUCUGCAUCCAUAGCUUCUCCUGACUCCCCUAAUUCCUGCCAUGCCUCCCUUUUCACUAUUUAAAAUUGUUCUUCUCGCCAUCGCUCUCUUCCUUUGAUACUCCAUGAGAUUCCUUUCUGUCAAGCCAUUCUUGCGUACCCUUUUCCUGCACCACCUUUGAGCACUCAUCUGUCCACCAUUGCACCACCCGCCGUCUUCCUCCCCCCAGAUCACACUGGAACAGUCACAUCUGCAGCUGAUCUAAUUACAGACGUUACUGCCUCAGCGCACUCAUCCACAGACCCCUCAAUUGAUAACUUUUGUCCCGCCCACUCGCACAGGUACUUGAACAUCUUCCAGUUAGCUUUCUCAAAACAUCAAGUCAUGUUAUUGCCUCUACUCUGCAUCCACACAUCCUCAUUGAACUUACAUCGAACCAGAAAAUGAUCACUCCCUACCGUGGUUUCUCUCAUCACUUCCCAUUCACACCUCCCUGCCACCGCCGCAGAUACCAAUGUCAAGUCCAAGCAUGACUCUGUAACCGUCACCACAUGAAUUAUCGUCCCCCUCCCAUCAUUAACACAUACUAAUCCCCUGUUAUCCAUAAAUUCUUCAACUAUACUCCCAUUGUUAUCUUUAUGCAUACUUCCCCAGAUUUAAUUAUGGGUAUUAAAAUCACCACACCACGUCCUAUCAAUCCCUUCUAACAGUGCUAACAUGAGAGGUUUGCAGGGGUUAUAGAAAUUAACUAUUACAAUGUUACCUCUAUUCCUACAUAUUUCUAUCCCCACACAUUCCAAUUCCUGUAUCUCCAAUACUCUGUACGCCAUCCCCUCUAUAACGAACGUCGCACAACCCCCACCUGACUCUAUCACAUCAUACCAAACUGAAUCCCAGAAUCACAAUCUCCAGUUGAGGUUUGAGCCAUGUUUCUUGGACACACAGUACAUCUGGUACUACCGCCAUAUCAUAUACAUACUUCUUAAACUCCUGCCCGUUAGCUAUUAAGCUUCUAGCGUUCCAUUGAAGGACUGCAAAAACCAUAGUAAAUAGGUUGUUCCAACCACCUCUUGGCUGAUUCAACAUCUCAUGCAUCAUUACUCCAGUUGCUUCUGUAAUUCCCAGGAAAUCUUUGGCCGCGCGUACCACCACUUCUAUGUGUGCAGACUUUUUCUUAACCUGAUUACUAAUAUUCAACACACUACACAUGAAUGCCAAGAAGUCCACCCUGUUCACCACCAACGAUUAUUUUGUGACCGCACACUGAUGGUCACAUUUCGUGUAAACCCCAGUUUGUGCUACACAGAAAGUGGCACAGGUCCUAAUCCAGGCACUUGUCAUCUCCCGUCUGGAUUACUGCAACUCGCUGUUGGCUGGGCUCCCUGCCUGUGCCAUUAAACCCCUACAUCUUAUCCAGAACGCUGCAGCACGUCUGGUGUUCAACCUUCCCAAGUUCUCUCAUGUCAUGUGGCUUCCAGUUGAGGCUCGCAUCUACUACAAGACCAUGGUGCUUGCCUACGGAGCUGUGAGGGGAACGGCACCUCCUUACCUUCAACCUUAUCAAACCCUACACCCAAACGAGGGCACCACGUUCAUCCACCUCUGGCCUGCUACCUCCCCUACCUCUACGGAAGCACAGUUCCCGCUCAGCCCAGUCAAAGCUAUUCGCUGCUCUGGCACCCCAAUGGUGGAACAAGCUCCCCCACGACGCCAGGAGAGACACUUGAAACCCUACCUCUUUAAGGAAUACCUGGAAUAGUAUAAAGUAAUCCUUCUACCCCCCCCCCCCCCCAUAAAAAAAAGAAGAAAAGUGGUUGUCCCACUGGCUAUCAUAAGUUGAAUGCACCAAUUUGUAAGUCGCUCUGGAUAAGAGCGUCUGCUAAAUGAUGUAAAUGUAAAUGUGCUACUCCCUCACCUCCCCCUUCCAUUGGAGGCCGCUGCACCAAUUUACUCACAGGUUCUGUACUUUGAACUCUCCGUGCUGCUUCAGCAUACUUUACCUUGUUUGUGAUCUUACCUGUACCUCUGCUUCCUGCUUCUGUGCUAUACAUCCCCCGAACGCAGCACUAUGUUCCCCGCCGCAGUUACAGCACCUUGCCUUGGCCUCCACCACAUACUUGCCAUAUUCAUGUGGUCCCCCACACUUCGCACAACGUCUCUUCCCCUUACAGACGCUAGCUACAUGUUCCAUGCGCUGACACUUAAUCCGUUAUCGGAUGUAACAUUUUACUGGUUGGCUCAGAGCAAACCACCACUACUUUAUUCUCCUGUACCUCAUCUCCCUGCCUGUUUGCUGUGGAAAAUCCACCCUCAUCCCCUUUUCUGAACCUUUUCCUAUUUCUUUCUGUACUGUCAUGUAGGUAGACUCAUCACUGAUCCUACUACCUUCAUCCAUCUCAGACUUACUCCCAUCUCAGCUACCUGCCAUGCCUACCUCAGUCUCAGUACAGCUGUGCAGAUCCGCCAACCAAACGCGCCACUGCGUUCACUUCCAAAACGGAAUGCUAUGAUCGAACACAAAAAAAAUUACAUUUGUGUCCAAAGUCAAAUUCCACAGUUAUCUUGUACGUCGUGAUUCAAACCGGGUGCUCACCAUCCAGUCACCUACCCCAGAGUCCCCAGAGUCCACCCUCUACAGCACUUCACCAAUCAGGGCUUUAUGGGAGUGGCCAGACGGAAGCCUGGAGUUUGCAAAAAUGCAUGUGAAAGACAGAUCGUAAAGGCAAAAGAUUUUCUGGUCUGAUGAGACACAAAUGUAACUCUUUGGCCUGAAUGCCAAGCGCUAUGUCUGGAGAAAACCAGGCACAGCUCAUCACCUGUCUAACACCAUCCCUACCGUGAAGCAUGGUGGCAACAGCAUCAUGAAAUGGGGAUGCUUUUCAGCUGCAGGGACUGGGAGACUGGUAAGGAUAGAGGGAACAAUGAAUGAAGCCAAAUACAGGCAAAUCCUUGAUGAGAACCUGCUUCAGAGUGCAAAUGACCUUAGACUGGGAGCGAAGAUUUACGUUCCAACAGGACAAUGACCCCAAGCUUACAGCCAAAGCAACGCAGGAAUGGCUUCAGAACAAGAACGUGAAAGUCCUUGAGUGGCCCAGCCAAAGCCCAGACUUGAAUUCCACAGAAAGACUUGAAGAUUGCUGUUCACUGCUGCUCCCCAUCUAACUUAACAGAGCUUGAGAAAAUCUGCAAGGAUGAAUGGGAGAAAAUCCACAAAUCCAUAUGUGCAAAGCUGAUACAGACACCCAAGACGACUAAAAGCUGUAAUCGCCGCCAAAGGUGCUUCUACAAUUUAUUGACUCAGGGGUGUGAAUACUUCUGUAAAUUAGAUAUUUCUAGAUUUUAUUUUCAAUAAAUGUGUUACAUUUAAUCCAUUUCGAAUUCAGGCUGUAACACAACAUGUGGAAUAAGUCAAGGGGUAUGAAUAUUUUCUGAAGGCACUGUACAUAUGUCUUUACAGUUUUGUGAGGUGAUCAGCGAGGUACAUGGAAUCAGUGCUACAGGAAUGUAUGAGGGGGAUGAUCCUCUUCAAUUGGAGAGACUCAGUGUCUACUUCAACGAGGCAAAUUAGAGAAAUUGAGAUAGUUGAAAAUAAAGAGUUCUUCAGUUAAUUGUGAACGUAUUAUCUAGGUGAGCUCGGGCACGGAGAGGGUGCUGUACUUCUGGCUGCCGCGCGCCGUCAGAUUUAAGUGCCUUUGAACGGAAUAUGUUAGUAAUAGCCAGGCACACCGGUUUAUGUCAAGAACUGCAACACUGCAGGGUUUUUCAUGCUCAACAGUUUCCCAUGUAUAUCAACAAUGGUCCACCACCCAAAGGACAUCCAGCCAACUUGACACAACUGUGGGAAGUUUUGGAGUCCACAUGGGCCAGCAUCCCUGUGGAACGCUUUUGACACCUUGUAGAGUCCAUGCCCCGACGAAUUGAGGCUGUUUUGAGGGCAAAAGGGGGGGUGCAACUCAAUAUUAGGAAGGUGUCCUUAAUGUUUUGUACACUCAGUGUAUAUAUGUCUGAUGAUCGCACACAAUUCUCUUGUUCUGUGUUCCCGUGGAAUAGGACAUUCUGGAGCUGGGAACAACUGGGCCAAGGGCCACUACAAAGAGGGAGCAGAGCUGGUGGACACUGUGAUAGGCAGGGUGCAUCAAGAGAGCGAAGACUGACUGUUUGCAAGGCUUCCAGUUCAUCCACUCCCUAGGUGGUGGGACGAACUCCGGCAUGGGCACUCUCAUCAUAAACAAGAUCCGCAAGGAGUGUUCCGACCGCAUCAUGACCAGCUUCAGAAUCAUGCCCUCGCCCAAGGUCUCAGACACAGUGGUGGAGCUCUAACACCACCCUGUCAAUCCACCAACUCCUAGAGAACACGGAUGAGACCUUUUGUAUCGACAACGAGGCUCUCUACGACAUCUGCUUCCGUACGUUAAAGCUCAAAACCCUGACCUACCGUGACCUGAACCACCUGGUGAGCAGGGUCACGACCUCCCUAAGGUUCCCUGGCCAGCUCAAUGCAGAUCUCUGCAAACUGACUGUCAUCAUGGUGCCCUUCCCCUGCCUCCACUUCUUCAUGUUGGGCUUUGCACCCCUGACGGCACGCGGCAGCCAGAAGUAGAGCACCCUCUCCGUGCCCGAGCUCACCUAGCAGAUAUUUGAUGCCCGUAAUAUGAUGACCACCUGUGAUCCCCGUAGAGGCCACUAGCUGACCGUGGCUGGGAAGUUCCAAGGCAAGAUGUCCACCAAGGAAGUGGAAGAGCAGAUGUCUCUCUCUCUCUGGCGGGAGGUAAGCUUGGCUUAUAUGGCUUAUAUGGUGUCGAGGGUGUCGAGUAAAGCUUAAACCAUGUAUUUAGAUUGUAGUUAGGUAUUGUAGGUAGUUAUCGUGGGUUAUUGUAGUUAUCGUAGGUUAUUGUAUGUAAUUAUUGUAGGUAAGUAUUGUAUUCGGCUGAGCCCGGUGAAGCACGAGGCUAGCUAACCCACUACCUGGAUUAGCUAGUGGGUAGCUACUGGUAACUAUUAGCAACUGUGGAUAGUUGUUUCACGCUUGAGAGUACCUGUAAUUACACCAGCUAGCUGCCUACCAUUCAGCUGUUUUUCAAACCUCAUUGUCUGAAGCGUUAACGUUAGGUAGUUAGUAGCUACUGUGCUCGAAAUGUAGCUAGCUUGUUGCUACCUGGAUAGCUAACUAAACAAUAGCUGGAACGACCUAGCGAAGACGCGAACUGGCUGAGUCGAUUCAGUGGCUAUCUUUGCACUUGGCUAGCUAACAGUAGCUGCUAGGGGUAAGUUAUAACCUACAUUUGUGUUUUGUUUUUACAUACUGGUAACCAGAGUCAUUCAAGGGAAUUCUGGACAUGGGUGACUAGUUAACGUUAGCUUGGCUCUCUCUGUGUGUUCGUGGCGUGGGAGGAGGGUUUUUUUCGUUGACAGAAAGUAAUGGCUAGUAUGCUAACUAUUCUAGCUAACUAACUGGCUGAAUAAGCUCAUUCCUUCUCCCUCCAAUCUCCUGAUUCUGCCUCCUCAACCCUCCUCUCCUCUCCUCUCUUUCUGCAUCAUUUGACUCUCUAUGUCCCCUAUCCUCCCAGCCGGCUCGGUCCUCCCCUCCUGCUCCGUGGCUUGACGACUCAUUGUGAGCUCACAGAACAGGGCUCCGGGCAGCCGAGCGGAAAUGGAAGAAAACUAGACUCCCUGCGGACCUGGCAUAUUUUCAUCCCUCCUCUCUACAUUUUCUUCCUCUGUUUCUGCUGCUAAAGCCACUUUCUACCACUCUAAAUUCCAAGCAUCUGCCUCUAACCCUAGGAAGCUCUUUGCCACCUUCUCCUCCCUGCUGAAUCCUCCUCCCCCCUCCUCCCUCUCUGUAGAGGACUUCGUCAACCAUUUUGAAAAGAAGGUUGACGACAUCCGAUCCUCGUUUGUUAAGUCAAAUGACACUGCUGGUCCUGCUCACACUGUCCUACCCUAUGCUUUGACUUCUUUCUCCCCUCUCUCUCCAGAUGAAAUCUUGCGACUUGUGACGGCCGGCCGCCCAACAACCUGCCCACUUGACCCUAUCCCCUCCACUCUUCUCCAGACCAUUUCCGGAGACCUUCUCCCUUACCUCACCCCGCUCAUCAACUCAUCCUUGACCGCUGGCUAUGUCCCUUCCGUCUUCAAGAGAGCAAGAGUUGCACCCCUUCUCAAAAAACCUACACUCGAUCCCUCCGAUGUCAACAACUACAGACCAGUAUCCCUUCUUUCUUUUCUCUCCAAAACUCUUGAGCGUGCCGUCUUUAGCCAACUCUCUUGCUAUCGCUCUCAGAAUGACCUUCUUGAUCCAAACCAGUCAGGUUUCAAGACUGGUCAUUCAACUGAGACUGCUCUUCUCUGUGUCACGGAGGCUCUCCGCACUGCUAAAGCUAACUCUCUCUCCUCUGCUCUUAUCCUUCUAGACCUGUCUGCUGCCUUUGAUACUGUGAACCAUCAGAUCCUCCUCUCCACCCUCUCCGAGUUGGGCAUCUCCGGCGCGGCUCACUCUUGGAUUGCGUCCUACCUGACAGGUCGCUCCUACCAAGUGGCGUGGCGAGAAGCUGUCUCCGCACCACGUGCUCUCACCACUGGUGUCCCCCAGGGCUCAGUUCUAGGCCCUCUCCUAUUCUCGCUAUACACCAAGUCACUUGGCUCUGUCAUAUCCUCACAUGGCCUCUCCUAUCAUUGCUACGCAGACGACACACAACUAAUCUUCUCCUUUCCCCCCUUCUGAUAACCAGGUGGCGAAUCGCAUCUCUGCAUGUCUGGCAGACAUAUCAGUGUGGAUGACGGAUCACCACCUCAAGCUGAACCUCGGCAAGACGGAGCUGCUCUUCCUCCCGGGGAAGGACUGCCCGUUCCAUGAUCUCGCCAUCACGGUUGACAACUCCGUUGUGUCCUCCUCCCAGAGUGCGAAGAGCCUUGGCGUGACCCUGGACAACACCCUGUCGUUCUCCGCUAACAUCAAGGCGGUGACCCGAUCCUGUAGGUUCAUGCUCUACAACAUUCGGAGAGUACGACCCUGCCUUACACAGGAAGCGGCACAGGUCCUAAUCCAGGCACUUGUCAUCUCCCGUCUGGAUUACUGCAACUCGCUGUUGGCUGGGCUCCCUGCCUCUGCCAUUAAACCCCUACAACUCAUCCAGAAUGCCGCAGCCCGUCUGGUGUUCAACCUUCCCAGGUUGUCUCACGUCACCCCGCUCCUCCACACACACUCCACUGGUUCCAGUUGAAGCUCGCUUCUGCUACAAGACCAUGGUGCUUGCCUACGGAGCUGUGAGGGGAACGGCACCUCCGUACCUUCAGGCUCUGAUCAGUCCCUACACCCAAACGAGGGCAUUGCGUUGAUCCACCUCUGGCCUGCUGGCCCCCCUACCUCUGCGGAAGUACAGUUCCCGCUCAGCCUCGUAAUGGCUUCCACCUUCAUUGGCAACAACACAGCCAUACAGGAGAUCUUCCGACACGUUGGAGACCAGUUCUCGCUCAUGUUUAGGCACAAGGCCUUCCUGCACUGGUACACCGGGGAGGACAUGGACGAGAUGGAGUUCACAGAGGCAGAGAGCAACCUGAAUGAGCAAGAGGGACCGGCUACGACAAGAGUUCGGAGUCAGACU